AUGUCAAUGCAUAAUGAGAAUUCACCAAACAGCACGUAUGUUGUUGUCGGUGAAAAUUUCUUGGCGAAUAUCUUCGAUAUUGAAGGUUAGUGUGAAUGAAUAGCUUCUAAAUAUCCAAUUUAUACAUUCUUUUUUUUCAGGGGAGCAAUUUUUGGAGGGAGGAUUCAACAUUCAAAGCGUCCCCUUCUUGACGAAAUUCAGAAAUUGGAUUGGAUGUUUCCUCAGUUCACCAUCGGAAGUUGACUUAAAUUGUGUCGAUGCGUUGGGAAAUCUGCCAGUGAUCGCGAAUCUCAAAGGAGGAUCAACACCACAAGUUCGGAAUUUGAUCAGUUUAGGAGAUAUUCAAGGAUUGCGCGCGGCACCAUUAUUCAAUCCAAGAUAUGAGCCGUAUGUCAUUUACAAGGUAUUUAACACUUUGAUACGGAAAUUUUAAAAUCUUGUAUAAAUUGCAAAUAUUUCUAGACAUUCACCAAAGGAGAACUGUCUUUAUAUGUAAUUGCUGGCGAUGAAAAAGAUGCUGAAAUGCUUGCUCGAGCCGCAGGAAACGAUGAAGAAUUGAGAGAAGUUUCAGCAGAACAUGGCACUGUUGCAAUUCUUGUUUGGAAACCUGCCAACAAAACCAAACCAUAUAUUCGAUCUCUUCUUUCUGGUACAUGCUCUUUUGAUAGAAUACAAAAGGCAUUGGAAAAAGCAUCGAAGUCACUUCCAUUUUUGAAUGGUCCGUGUGUGAGAGUUGGAGAUGAAUUACUGAUUUCACCAACUUCUUCGAUGCCAACUCGAACAUUUGCAAAACCCAAUGAAUCAAUCCAAGUUCGAAGUCGCCAGUUUGCAAAUCCAACUAUGGCUACAAUUGCAAGAUCAGCCCACCUCCAAAAAUCAAAAGCUGCCAGACCGCUUCCACAUCCAACCACAAGACCAACAAAAUCAGCAACACAUAUUCAAUCAACACGAACAAUUUCUGGAACACGGCCAGAAAAAUUCAGAUCAACGACAGCAAACUUCGAACAACGAAAUAUUGGGUAUACUUCCACAGGUUCAAGUCGACAGGAUCAAAAAACAAUGAAAUCAUUGCGAAAUCCAAUUACAAGGUAAAUUUUAAGUUCUAUUAAUUUACCAAUCAAAAAAAAUUAUUAGAAUCUCAUAAAACGUCGUGACCUUGAUCGGAUGAAUUGAGUAGAAAAUUCAUUUAUGAAAAUGAAAAUUGUUUUUGAAUUGUUGCUAAUUAUUAAAUAUUUUGCAGCAACGAUUCGACAUCCGAUCCAGCAAAAUCAAGUAAAUCGAUUGCUGUGGCUGAAAAGAAACAAGAGGAUGAUUCAAUAAUAUUUUUGUGUGUUAUAAACAAAAAUGAGAAUGAAAUCGCUGAAAAGGAUUCACAAAAUCCAGAUGAAGAAAUUCCACAAAUUGAGAACGUAUCAACUUCAGAUUCAGAAGUCAAAAAUCAAUCAUCGAGCGAAAGUGAAAAUUCUAAUUGUGAAGCAAGUAUUGAAGUGAAGUCUAUCAACUUUUCGAAGGGACAAGAUGAACUCGAAGUCGCAUUUUUAUAUUCCGAAAAUGCUACUUCAGUGGGUUUAUCAGAAACCAAAAAUGAAGGAGGAGAUUCGAGUGAAAAGGAUGGCUUUACGAUUGAUUUUGGUAAAUUCUUAACAACCAAAUCUUCGCUUGGACCAAUUGUAUCGCCUUUUCAAAAUGAAAAAGAGAUUGGCCGAAGAGAAGAAAUAAGUAUCAUAGAACAGGAACCUUUGAGAAUGGUGCGCGAAAAAGGAGUUGUUUAUAAUGGCCCAAAAUUUUCUCGCCCAUAUUAUUUCGAUUCUGUUACAUUUCCAAGAAAUUGUGAUUUGGAAACAACGCUUGGAAAUUUGGAAAUGCGGGAAUUUGUGAAGAAUAUUCGAUCUCGACACUUCAUUUUGGCAUCGAGAAGUAUAAAGUCAGAUGUUCUUGAAUCGAUUAUGUUUGGAUACAAAUUGUGGGAGAAUCCGAGUAAGUUUUUGAAUAUUUUUAAUUGGAUUUUUAAGAUUUCGUAAACUUUCCAAAUUUCAUAAAUUCUUUAAAUCGGUAAGGUAUAUUAAAAAUGUAUUAUUUUUCCUAGAUCACAAUUUUUGUGAUGAUAAUCAGAACUUUAAGAUUUCCAAAAUUGAUUUUCAAGUUCCAUUUCUGCGACUUAUGUUAGACCAGACUUUCAAAUACAAAUUAAAUAGCAAAUAAAAAAAAUUUAAAUUUAUAGAUUUGAAAUGCUCAAUUCAUCCAACUCAUCAAAAUCUGGCAAUCAAUGGAUUCAUGGAAAAAUAUGGCAGCCAAGAACAUCCGAAUUUUGAAAUAUGUUCGCCAAUUCAAAGUAUUUCUGGUGAUGAAUGCGAAGUCGACCGAAUUUAUAUUUCUGGGAAAUUCGACUAA